AUGACCAGAUUUGGACUUCGUCCUCCGUGCCCAUUCAAUUUCGAGGAUCUAGCAGUACCAGCCGUCUCGAUCCUCAUUAUCUUCCUGGCCUACACAUCUCAGUACCUCUUCUACUACAUCGAGCCUGGCCCCUUAACGAAGACAGAGGCAAUAUGGUUCAACGUCCUCGUGCUCGGCAUAUGGUUGUGCUACGAUCGUGCAUGCUCUGUUGAUCCAGGCCCAAAAGGAUGGGUUGACAAAACGAUUAGAGCUGCAGAUGACAGUGGGGACGAGGCUAUAGACAUAGCCAACUUGAUCCUGAAAGGGAGACUACGGUGGUGCAAGAAAUGCGAUGCUGCAAAGCCUCCACGAGCACAUCAUUGCAGAAAAUGUGGACGAUGUAUCCCCAAAAUGGACCACCACUGCCCCUGGACCACAAACUGCGUCUCACACACCACAUUCCCCCACUUUCUCCGCUUCGUCCUAUACGCCGUGAUCAGCAUGUCUAUACUAACCUACCACCUCUUCAUCCGCGCCUCUGCCCUCUUCUCUAACCGCAACCUACCCGCCUACCUCGGUCCCCCCACCUGGGCAAUGGCUCACCUCCUCGUACUCAUACUCGUCAACUCCAUCACCCUCUUCGCACUAUCCAUCCUCUUAGUGCGAGCAGUAUACAGCUUAGCAAUAAACACAACAAUGAUCGAGAGCUGGGAGAUAGAGCGACAUGAAGCGCUCGUUGAACGAGCCAGGAAGACGGGAGGUUGGGUCUACGGCAACGGAGGGCAGAAAGUGCGUAUCGAGCACCAGGAAUUCCCAUACGAUAUCGGGAUCUGGAAGAAUCUUGUCCAAGGGAUGGGGACGGCGAAUGUGCUUGCUUGGUUCUUACCUUUUGGUGGGAACCCGAGUAUUGAUAGUGCGGCGACGUUUGAGGUUAAUGGUUUCGAGGAUGAGGGUAAGGUUUGGCCGCCUCCGGAUCCUGAUAAGUUGCCGAGAGUUAAGAGGAAGGUGGAUGAGCAGGUGGACGUUGGGACUGUGGGGGAUGUUGAGGCGUUUAAGAGGCGACAGCGAGAAGAUUACCAGCGUAGGCUGGAGCAAAGUUUGGAUGUCGAUGACGAGCAAGAUGAGUAUGAGAGUGAAGUAGAAGAAGGAAUUGAUGGGGAAGAGGGUUGGACGAACGCCGAAGGGGAUAGACUCCGGGAUUUCGGUGUUGAUGAAAACGCAGAGCUACUUGCUGAGGAAGAUGUACCACUAGGAGAGUUGUUGCGUCGACGGAAAGCUAGAGCUUUUACCUGA